AUGGCUCAACCAUCGCAACAAUCCUACGCCGGCGCUGCUACAAAAGAUGGAACUGCACUUGCACCAGCCACACAAUCUCAGCUAGACUCUUCAUUACGGCAUUUCACCGAAUCUUCCUUUGACCCCGUCGAUUUCCUGAACGACAACCUCCCGCCGCUGACACUAUCAGCUUCCCAAUCGCAUCCUACUCGAGUACCAAACUCCGUCAGUCUAGCCGAGCUUUCUUCAAGAAGCCAGUCUCUCGUUUCGCAGUUGGGCACACAGAAUGUUCGACUGUCAGGGAAUUUGACACAACUCACUGAGGAAAUUCUACGAAGUGGCGGACGACUGGCAUAUGAAGUUGAAGUGCUGCGAGGGGAGGCAAUCAGUCUCGCUGAUGCCCUGACUGAGAAUUUACACGAUGAUAUUAUCAAGUUUGCCCCGGAAGGCCAGGACGUGAGGGAGCAGAGGAAUGAAGAAGUUGCCGACGAAAAUGGAGAAAAAGAAACCAUACCAAACCUGCCCAAUGAACCAGAAUUUAUCGCACAACUACGAAUAUUGGGUCAAGUGCGCGCACGGUUGGAGGAGGUCAUCCAGACGUUUGGAGAUGCGAUGGAAUGGCCGCUUCCCCCGUCUGAACUAUCAAUCACAUCCUCGUUCAUAUCGGUAUCUGCCCCAGAGCCGGGAACCGAGAGCUACAGCCGCGAAGAGAAAGGUCAAAAGAUAGCCAAAAAGCUUCGAACAGAAAUCACAGAACUACUGGAGAGUAAUGGAGGGGGAGAUGCUGGCUUGGCCGCUGCUACGGAACGACUUGAAAGACUGCGCAAUCUCGCGACCAUAUGGAAAGGUACAGCUGAGGAGAAGGCUCGGACUCGCUUUUUGGAUGGGCUCGCACGAAUCAUUGACGAUCGACGCAAGGCUUUGGAGAACCAACGGGAUCGUGCAUCGAAGAAAGCAAGAUCCUCCAUGGAGCAAAUAGCUGAAGAACGCGACAGCGGACCUGGGGGCUUGUUUCGAGGCCUUCAGCGUAUCCGCGAUGAGAUAUACCUAGAGUAG